AUCAUUUCAUCCUCUAUCACCUUUUAAACCAUCAAGAUGUCUGAUCACCUCAGAUCGCUUGGGUUUGUUCAUACAUACAUCUCCUCCAUCCAUAGAGAACCUUCCAUCAUAAAUCAUCACCUAUACCUUGAACACUUUGAUCAAAGGCCCCUUGCUUUCCAAAUUCGUAUUGAUCCUCAUGAGUUUAUUCCUUUUGGAAUGGAUAUCAUGCCUCUUAUCAGUGCCCUCGGCUGGGAAUUCCUUAUCAACCUUCCUGCUCAGCCCGCUUGUCCUGAACUAGUGAAACACUUUUACAGCAACCUCCGAUGUCUGGGAAUUCAGACUAAAAGGUUCUCUACUCUAGUCUAUGGACACCUUUUAUCUAUCCCUAUGCGUGCUCUGAGCAUUAUUCUAGGGUAUCCUUCCUCUGGUCUCGCUCUGUCUCAUACAUCUGAAAUGUGGAAGUUCGAUUUCAAUCUUCAUGUUGAAGGGGCCAAGUUCUCUGGACAGCCUGUCGGCUCCUCUUUUGAAGUCUUUCCUGCCUCUCGACUUUGUCCUAAGCUCAGAAUCUUUCACUAUUUUCUGACUCGAGUACUACUGCCCCGUGGAUACUCUAGAGAUCAAGUUCUUCCUCUUGACAUCUGGGUCAUAUCUCACGCUACAGCUGGUCAGAAACUUGACUAUUGUUCACUUUUGUUCGGAGCUAUGGUCUCCCCAGGAGAAGGAUCACUGCCCUUUGGAGGGAUUGUUACUACGUUUCUUGCAAACAUCAAUAUCAACAUCUCAGGCUUUCGAUCUGAAUCUCCCACAAUUCAUCUCAGUGCUAGGAAUGUUCUGACUUGUCUGGGAUUUCAUGUUCCUCCCUCUCCUACUCAAGCUCCAUUAAGGGAUCCUGCAAAUCUUGGUCUACUAUUUGCUAUUGACGACUCCUCAUCCGAGUCAUCGGAUGAAGAUCUUGAAGAAGACUCUGACUCUCCAGUUCCUGGCCCUUCUCAGUAGCUGAUGGCUGAACUCAGGGGGAAUCUUUUGAUUGCAUAUUCCCAGGGGGAACUUUUGCCUGAUGAACUUCUUUUCAGAAUAUUAUGUGUCUUUCCAGAUCAUUUUGCAAUCUGUAUAUGAUUGCUAGACAUUUUGUGAUGUUUAUUGUACUUUGCAAUCCGAGGGUGAUUGCUAAACUUGACUUUAACUACUAUGGGUAUUUUGCAAUCCAUGGGUGAUUGCUGAUUUUCUGCUUAAUACCUGAUCUUUUUUGCUAUUAGUUAUGCUUGGGUAUGUUUGGCUGCUUUCUGUUUUGUUUCAGGAUCUCACAAGUUAUGAAGGAACGGCUGAAGGGGGAAAUUGUGAAACGACUUCUCAACAACCAAAAACGACGCAGCAACAACGCUCCUCCCAAAACGUCGCAGCUGCCACUAAGAGAUAACCGCUACAACUAAACGACGUCACUCGAUGAAGCUUAUCUCUUGAAGUGGGUUGGAUCAGUUUUGGAUUGAAUCAACCUUAUCCUUCAUC